AAUGAAACUUACACUUACUACCACGCUGGCCCAUUGUUCACUUUGGCGGAACUCCACGCCAAUGUCGUCCUCUCGCAGGCGAUACACCGCAUAUCCAAAGGCAAAUUCACAGCGUUGCUGCCUCAAGACCACGAGCCACGAGGCGCUGUGACUCCUCAUGGGAUCCGCGACAAGGAUAUCCGAGGUUUGCUGAAUUGCGAUCUCGCUCUGAUCACUUACGAUGGCACCGAGCUGGAUUCUGGCACCGUGGUGGAGUACAUGGUCGCAAAGAUGGCCGACAUUCCAAGCGUGAUAUUGCGAAGCGACUUCCGAGGUGGAGGAGAUCAGGAAGGUGGAGAGCCUUGGAAUCUGAUGACCAGUCAUUGGCCUCGAACGAAAGGUGUCGUUGUCGAUGCGAUG